AUGACAGAAAGGAGGGGCGAAGGCCAGGCAGCUCUCGAAUCCGGCGCGACGCGUCUCGUGGUGUGCCACUGGUCCUUUCCCCCCAUUGAGGCGCGCGGCAGCAGCAGCGGUAGCGGCGGCGGAUGCGACGGUCGUGCUGCAUCUCCCUUCGGAAUCUGGGGUUACUGCCAAGGAGGGGUGGAAAGUGGAUGGCGCAGACUGUUCGCGGAGGGGAAGGGGAGAUGUGUCAGGUUCCAGCGGCUCCGUCAGGAGAUAUAUGAUCAGAUAGUCGGAUCGUUGCCGAGUGCGACGCUGCGGCUGGCGGCGAAAGGGGAGGGGGCGUGCGUGCUUGAGCAAGGUGCGUUGACAGCUGGGCGUUGUGGCGCCGUUCCCCGCGAUGAGGUUGAUCGUUCGUGCUUCCCGAGGGCGCUUGGUGGCACGGCAGGUGGUCUGGACGGGUCUUCAGGCGGGCGCGUCGCGAAGGCAUCAUCGCGUCGGAGACAUGUCUUUGAGCCCAAGGAUGAAGUGAGUGAUCUUGACUGCGUCAUGGUGGUCGGGUGGACUGGCUGA